AUGUCUAUCUCAACAAUACGACGACAAGUGAAAAAUGUCGCGUAUAAUUUCUCAGAUGCCCAAGUGAAAGUUCGCGAGGCAACUAGUAAUGACCCGUGGGGUCCAUCCACGGCGCUUAUGUCCGAAAUAGCCGAUCUAACACAUAACCCGAUGUCAUUCACUGAGAUUAUGUCAAUGUUAUGGAAACGACUGAAUGAUCACGGCAAAAAUUGGCGACAUGUUUAUAAAAGUCUUGUUUUAUUGGAUUAUUUGAUUAAGUGUGGUAGUGAAAAGGUGGCGCAACAGUGUCGUGAGAAUAUCUAUUCAAUCGAAACGUUAAAAGAUUUUCAACAUAUUGAAGAGAAUCGCGAUCAGGGUAUAAAUGUGCGUGAGAAAGCCAAACAAAUGGUGACUUUAUUGUACGAUGAAGAGCGUUUAAAGAAUGAACGAACCAAAUUUCUGAUGACUCGUAAGAAAUUCAUGUCUGGGUCGGCCAUCUCUUCAGACGCUAGUAAUUUGCGGAAUAUACGCAGAACGGAAGCAGAAUCUGAAUUAGAAGAUGCGAGACCGUCAAGUGCGGGUGAAGAAGAAAUGCAACUGCAAAUAGCGCUGGCAUUAUCGAAAGAAGAAAACGAAAAAGAGGAGGAAUUAAGGAAGAAAGAUGAUAUUGGCCUCCAGAUGGCCAUAAAUGAGAGUCGUCGUGAAAUAGAACGAAUGGAAUCAGCUCCGCAGAAUGCGAUGGUUAGCGGGUCGACGCUCUCGCAAAGUGCCAUCGAUGAUCUUUUAUCGUUGGGUGUCGGUCAACCGGUCGAGCAGUCAAUGCCGAAUCCAUGGGGUGGGCCCGUUGUUGAUCCAUGGGCACCGUCACCUUCCAAUACCAACGCAGCGGCAGCAGUUGGCUCCUCUUCAAUGUAUCCGAAUUUAUCAUUAAAUCAUGCUGUCACUGCCCAGUCACAACCAGUCGAUCCAUGGGCUCCAUCGUCGAUCACUUUGGAUUCAACACCUUCAUCAACAACAGCCGAAUGUCCAGUGACCAAUGAUCCGUGGAAUGCUCCACCAGCUGCCGCUUCUUUGCAACCAACACGUUUACUACAGCCAACAGAUGUGACGCAGUCGUCAUCAUCGUCAGAUUUACUGACAGCUGCCAGUACGACGACCGCUUCAUCAACCACACAGGCAGACGAUGGCGUUAACGGUGAUUCGUCUGCAAAACAAAGACUGAACACAAAAACACCGGAGAGUUUCUUGGGUGAGAAUUCGGCGUUGGUCAAUUUAGACAAUUUGAUGGGUACAGCAACGAGUGCUGCUGCUGGUCUAGGUGCUGGAGCACAGAACACCAAAACUGUGAAUAAUCCAUUCUUGGUCGGUUCCUCAUCAGCAGGUUCACUCUCGAGCACUGCGAACAAUCCGUUUAUGGGAUCCACGUCGUCUGCACAAACGUCGCGCACUCUGAACGAGCUCAUGAGCAGCUCACAACAACACCACCCAACUCUGCAACAAUUCCCGACCGCAACUACUGCCAGUAUGCUAUCGAACAAUAACUUCUACAACAAUACUACCAAUGCGCAACAACAACCUUUCAACAAUCCUUUCCUUCUCUAA